UUGAAUUGUCAUUUCGCUGCUGACCAUGACAUCAUCGAGAAUAAAAAGACAAUAAUAACAGAGAAAAUAGCAAGAAAAUGAGUUGAGACAUGGCUUACAGAACACUGGAACGGGAAGCAAGUUUUGCCUUUGGAUCCACCUCCUCCUGUCUUGAUGGUGUUCCGUUUACCAUAAGUUCACAGUUUCAGGUCCCAAAUAAGGUUAGGUUACAGGCAGAUUUUCUGAGAAGUCCAAAACAUGCCAGGGAAGAGUAUAACUUUGAGAUUGAAGAAGGUGUUAUGAAAUGGGCCGAAGAAAGGGAAAGAGCAAUUGAGAGAGAACGCCAGAUACAAGCACAAAAAAGACUUGAGGAAGAGAUCCAAGCUGGGAAAGUUAACAGUUGCCCAAUAAGAAUAACACAGGAGGAAUCAGAUUCUGAACCAGAAGAUGAAUGGCUGAAAAGUAAAUCUCAGAAUACUAGUUUCCCAGGAGAUCCACAAAAUACUGCACGUGAAAAACCAAAACCUCCACCUCGUCCUCCUCAACCAAGAGGUCCUGUGAUAAGUAAUGGUAUUUUGACACCAAUUCCUAUCUCCUCAGCAAACAAUGAAAAAACAGUGUCAGGAACUAGUAAACCUGUAGAUGUAACCCUAUUUGAAACAGAAGAUAAUCCUUUUGAUAUGUUUGAAAGACAGACUUUGAACGAUUUAGAGGAGUUGAAAAAUGUGUUCCAAUGUACAAAUCAAACGACUAGUGUCACUAGUACGGAACCACUUGAUGAUACACAGCAAACCUUCAGAAAUACAAGCUCACAAUUCAUUGGAAAUGGACAAAAUGCUGUAACAGGGAAUUCACAAAUGUCUGGAGAUAAUUAUGAAAAUAUUCAUUUUAGUAACGGUCAAGGUCCCAAUGGAAGAUGUGUUUCCAGUGGUGCUAAUAUAAACAAUGCAUUUAGCAGCAGUCCCGAGCCUACUGAUAAUGCUGGAGAUUAUGUAACACUAAAAACCGAACCUGAGCAUCCAAAUAAAACAUCCCAAAUGGACUUGAAUAAAUUACCCCCAGUUCCUCCUCGGAGAUUUUUAGUCAGCAAUGAUCCCCUCCCACCAAUAAAUUAUCAAAGUGAUAGAAGUGCAAUAGCUAAUCAACCCCUACAACAAAUGACUGUCAAUAGUACAAAUUAUGGAAAUUUCAAUUCUGUAGAACCUAAUCCAUUUGCAUUAGACACAUUUACAAACGCUCAUGCAACUGAAUAUGAAAACACAAAUAAACCAUACUUCAAACCAUUAGAUUCUGAUAUUCCUAGUUAUGAAAAUAUUGACAUUCAAAGUGAAAGAGUUGUGUUUAGUAAGAAAAGUGAAUCUUCGCUAUCACAUGAGUCAUUAUUAAAGACUGCAUCAAAAACAAAUGCAUCUAGUUAUGUAAAUGUUGCUCCCGCAGCGCCAUUUAAUGACAGUUCAAUACGAAAUGCCAAAAGUUCACCGGAUAUUGUCAAAACCGUGAAUGGUGUGGAAAAUUCUAGUGAAGUGUUUGAUAGAGCACCAUUUCCACUGUCAAAAUCUCCACCAUACAGACCUUCAUCACAACAGGAUCUUGUAAAACAAAAUUUAUAUGUUGACUUGCCAUCAUGGAACAAAUACUCUCCCCUUCCUUCCCCAUCAGGAGCAUCAAACAACAGUAGUAGUACAAGUGACUUCGCUAGUCCAUCCGAGGUGGAUCCAUAUCUUAAACUCACCCCUGAGCUUCAGGGGGUUGUCAAUAAUCUAGUCGGUAUGGGAUUCUCUCGACCCAGAGUUGCUCGGGCUGUUGAAAAUUUUGGCUGUGACGAAAAAGAGAUUGUUGAUCAUUUAUUCAGUGUAGAUAAGAUGACAGAAGUUGGUUAUGAUACAUACCAAAGUGAAUUGGCAUUAGUUCUGCAUAAAAAUGAUAAACAAAAGGCAGAAGCAUACUUAAAGAUAUUCAAACAAUUCCAGGAGUUGGGAUUCAGUGGUGACAGAAUAAAAGAAGCAUUAGUUAAGUUUGAGAAUGAUGGUGACAAGGCUCUGGACUAUCUUACCACUUAAAUAAUAAAUAUUGUUGUGAAACAAAUUACCUAUGUGAUAGGAGCUGAUAGAGGCAUAAUUGAUAUUUUUGACAGUAUUUGUAAAUGGGUAAAAGCAUACGAACAUGUGGAUGUAAGUGCCGAAAGCUAGAAAUGCAAUCACUGGCAGAUGAAGCUAAAAUAGUAUCAGUAUUUAUAACUUUUUAAAAAGUUUCAAUACAUAGAACCUUGCUGAGUAACUAUUUAUGGUAUUUAAUUUUCAACAACAAAACAUGCAUGUAAAAAGGGUAUUUCACAAAUUAAAACCUUAUAUUUUUAUACUAAUUUACUCAUUUCUUAAAAACAAUAACUGAAAAUUUGUAUAAAUGAAUGAUUACUUUGUACAUUUUGUAAUUCUGAUUAUUUUUUAUUAGUUUAACAUUUGCUAUAAAUUCUCUGUAUUCAGAGUCUAAAAACUUAAGAGUGAUUUCAUUGUUUGUUCUUCAAAAUGAAGAUAAACCUAUCACAUGUUUUUAGGAAAUUCUUGACCAAUCAAAACAUUUGGUCUGAACUUUUAUAAAUACUUCCCAGCAUGUUUCAGAUUCUGAAACGGUUUAUUACAGAGCAACCUAUUUUUGUUUAUUUUGAGCAAUUUAGACUAAAUCAUAUGUAACACUUGAUGUCCAGUAGCCUGAACCCUGUUGAAACUUUUGAAAAUGAAUUUACUAGUGUAUGAAACCAAGCAAAUGUAGUUAGACCAAUCAAAGUAAAGAAUAAAGUUAUUUUUCUUAUGACUAUUGCUGCAGAGUGCUGUUUUCCAGCAAGGAAAACAUCUUCCUGCAUAAUUUAAUGUCAUAAAUAGAUUCAUGAAUCUGAAAUUGAGUUUUUAAGAAAGGGCUAUAUUUAUGGAAUAGCCCUAUUACCAGUGACAGAAAACACUUAUAUUAGCUGCAUAACUGUGAUCUUAAUUUAUUCCAUUUGUAUGUAUUGUUUUGUUUGUUGAAGAAUCCAUUUAUGUUUUGUGUAACUAUGUUUUAAUGUUAUGUAUAUUAGGAAUUAAAACAGGAUGGGGUACCUGCCAUGAAAUUUGCCUUUAGCAUUUAGAUAUCACUAAAUGAAUCAACCAGAUUGUUAUAGUAUUAUUAUUCUAGUGUGCUAGGGGGUUAAACAGAUAUGUUUUAUUAAAAGGUAUUGCAUUGUUGAACAGCUUUCAUGAUAUUUAAAAGCUGGUAAUGGAAGCAAUUAGUUUUAAAAAGCUUGUUUAAUCAUUUGCAUACUGUCAUAUUGUGAUGUAAACAAAAUUUUAAUAAUUUGACUGUUGUAAUAAUUCCCAGUGAAUUUGAUACUGAUGUUGUGAAAUGUAGCCCUCAACGAUAACUUGUCUUUUGUAAAGCAAGCAGAAAGAUUUAUAUGGCUUCUUUUAAAAUUUCCCAAAUAUCUCCACCCUUUUAUAGUAAUUUACUUUUAAAAAAUACAAAUUUUAAUACUGCAUUUUGGGUUUAUUUUGUAUUGCUGGAAAACAACUAAAUGCCCUUAGCCAGGAUGUCUUUUAAUAUGUAGAAAUUACGGAAAAUUCAACAAUUGAACUUGUAUAAACUUGAAAAGAAGUUGUAAAAAUAAUGUUCAAACAUAUUUUUUACACUUACAGCAUUGCCUAAAUUUUCUUCUUUAUUUUUUUAAAUGUUUUUUUUUUUAAUAAUUAACGGCAAAGAAACCAAUUGAAAUAAACAUGGACCUAUCCCAACAAUUAAUUGCAAUUUAUCUGUUACUAUAAAGCUACUUAAAGGGGCAUUAGCUAUGAGAUGUAAAAAACAUAAAAGUAUGAUUUUUUUUUUGUUCAAUCAUUAAUGAAAGUGAAAUGGUGAAAUAAUAAUUCAUUUUUAGCAGCCACUUUGGUUCAAAUUGGUCAAAAUAAGAUCAGAAACAUUACUUGCAAGUGAAUAAUUCGACCUCAUUGAAACCAUAUUCAUCUUACCUUCUAUUUACUUAGCUAGAAAUGGGUUAUGCAUGAGCUAAGCAUGUCCAGCUGUUAAAAGGAAAAGAAUGUCAGCAUUGAAAGUGAAACAAGGAUAAACCAUUUGGUUGAUUGAAUCGAUCCACAAUAACUCAUUCUCAUACAGGUAAAAACGAUGAUUAACAUAUUUUUAUAACCUAUAAUAUGAAAUCAAACAGACCUCUUACAAUUCAAUUGCACGAGUUCGCUAUCUAUUUAUAUCUAUAUGUUUAUAUUGGGUUAUAUGACCGUCGGCAGUCUUCGGAGGUCACCUUGAUAGUUAAUUAGAUGGUGUCUAGACUAAAAUACACACGAAAUGCUGAUACAUAUUAUUGAGUACAUGCAUGGUAAAUUGCUUAUUUUAGACUUUUUAUAAUUUGGAUACACAUUUUAGUAUGUUAUAAAUCAAAUAUGAGAAUGUGAGUCAAAUCGGUGAACACGAAUUUGACAGCUACCGGUAAUGCCCCUUUAAUAUUCCUUGUAGAAUUGAACUGAAAGUUACAGUGAAACCAGCAUUAUUUUUAUAUUGUGAUAGUCCAAUAUCACUUGAAAGAAGCUACAUGAACAGUAGUUGAAUAUGUUACUAUUGUCAUUUUAAAGUGUUACCAUAUGAUAAAAGGGUUUUUACACAGAUACUUGUAAACAUUAUUUCAUAUACAUUUUUUAAUUGAAAAGCUUGUGCUGUAUAAUAUUCAAUUUUGGACACUAUUGCAAUAAUCCUAUAUUAUGUUCAUGUGGGUUUUUUAUUUAGUACUAAGUUAUAUAACAUCAAAUAAAAGUAGUAGUAUGAUCACUAGAAAUGCAUGAUCACUAGACAUGCAAUGCAACACAGAUGUUUUACAUAUCCAAACUAAAUUACUAUAUGAUAUUUCAUUAUAAAACCUUGCUUUUAAUGAUAUUGUGUUCAUAUUUUUUAUUCGAGUGUAAGCUUAUUUUUUUACCAAUUUUGUUAAAAAUGUGAAAGCAUAGACUGGUGAAGUAUUUUGUUUGUUUCAUGCAUGCAAUUGUCAAAUGAUCUAAUGAUAAUGUGUUGUUGUUUCUGGAAAGCAAUGAAUAUAUUUGACAAUAGGUCCUGUGCAUAUUGAAAUUGGCAGGAAAUGUUACAAACAAACAUAUGUAUGACAAUUGAUAUAACUGUUAUCUGUUCCUUUUAAUCAGAGUAAAAAAUCUGAUAUGUA